UCCAUCUUUAUCUCCAUCGCAUCUGCAUCUGCAUCUGUACAAAAGCCAUUUCAUUACCAACCAACAACCCGACAUCCGAGUAAUUUCUAACGUAACCAGGAAACAGUUGCUGCUGAAGAACCAUCAGGACGCAAUCCUGCAACUACAAGGUCCUUCGCCGUCGCCCUCUCUCUCCCUCUCAGCUGUUUCAAUGGCGGACAGCCGGGAAAGGAUUCGGGGUCCCUCGAGAGACGGCAGGGAGUUUCUCACCAGUCCCAGACAGGUCCUGCGCCGUCUGAUGCUCCUCUCCGAGGGCAGACAGUACCGGGAGGCUGCUGGGGUCGUAGGACGUCUAGGUCCUUCUGUUUUGAGGUCUGUAAUAUCUGAGCUGCCCAUAGACUUGCUGCUGGAGCAUCUACCACACAGUGCCUACCUGCUGGAGUCUUUCUUCACCAGGUUAACCACCUUGAACACCACACCCAAACCGGAGGUUCCAAGUGAAACAGUGGUCUGGCAACUGGUGCGUCUGUUCGCCAAUCCCCAUGAGUCCGGACUCCGCCAGAGAUGCACUCGAUUGCUACAGGCUCUGGCCCAAUACGAGCCUGCCCUCCGACAAACCGUUAGGGAGCGAAGACGCAGCUUCGAUAAUGCCGUUCAAGGACUCGGCGUCCACGGACUCACGACAGACGCCUCCGGGCAGCUCAUCUCGCUGCACGUGGCCCUCAAAACUGAACUUCAGCGCCAUGUGGAUACCUACAAAAUGGCCAUUCACAAGCUGGAGGAGCUUAGCAUGGUGACUGUCAACCAGGACCCCGCCCACUCCUCCCACCAGCGCCUGCUGGCCAUUAACUAUGGCGAUAUCCAGCAGCGGCUGAUCGACAACAAGACCCUCUUGACCAUGCUGGAUAAGCCGGCUCUGAAGCAGCUGCAAACCCUGGUGGAGAAUCUCAGCACACGAGUGGAGAACGACAAGGAGGUGUUGUCCUGUGUGGGUCAAGUGCGUCGCCUGGACGCACAGGCUCUCGUGGAGCGACGUCCUGCCGCCGGCCUGCUUAUGAACUUCUCCCGCGGGUGCGAGGUUGUGCUCCAUAUGAUGGGUCCUGAGGGAGGACCUCCUGGCUCCGCUCUUUCCGUGGGAAAGGUCUCUGUCCAAGGAGGUGCAGGUGGCAGCAGCUGCAGCGAUGGCUACCACUCGGAUGACUCUGGGAGCGAUGAUGGAAGCGAAAUGGUGUCGCUCUAUCGGAAUCUCUACGUGGAGAACCGAGCGGACGCCUUGGAGGCUUUGGACAGUCUUCCCCAGAUAAAACACGCGCACAGCCUCAAGGGAAAGAUACUCUUCUCCAUGAUCGUGCUAUCCUUCCGCCUGUGCCAUGGAAUGCGAGAACGAAAGGUCCUUGAAGUGCGACGUACCCUGAACUGUGCCCUGGACAGCAGCAGUGAGACCACAUUGGCCCUGGACCGCUCCGUCCGCCAGCAUCUUCACGAGACCGCCGACAACUUUCCGCUGGGCGAGAUAGAACGGAGUGUCUUCAACCAGGUGCUCUCCACGCUUCACGAAUAUCCCUGCCUGGAGUCAUGUCCUCCUUUGACCCACUACGUGAGUGCCUGCGUGCGACUGGCCUGGCGGAUGAUCAACCAGAAGUCCCCCUAUUACCUGGACAUGGACUUCAAUCUGGGCUUUCUCCGGCCGGAAAAACAUGAACGACAUCCGCAGGCUGACCGGAGAUCGGAUCUCAUCAAGGCCUUCCUAUGGCCCGCCCUGAUGCAGAACAACCAGUGCGCCUUCAAGGCGGUCGUGGCCACUUGA